AUGUGUCUCAAUUUAAAAAAAGACGAAUGGAAGAAAACAUUACAGAAGCAAAAAAACAAAUGGCUGUGCCCUUUAUGUUCAAGUUCAAGACCUAAAGGAGACAACUCAAAUACGCCAAUUAGACCUACUAACAACGCUCUCGAAGACAUUCAGGAAGAUCUUGAAAAAGUAAACACGACGCGUGGUUCCCGAAUUAAGUCUACAAACAUGGUAACCGAUAGUAAUGUGAGUUUGUCAGAUUUAAUGAAUGAAAUAAGGAAGCUGAGAGAAGAGGUGAGUGAGAUACCUGCCUUACGAAAAGAACUCGUUGAUGUGCGAUCUCAAAUACUUUCGAUUGCCAACUCACUAAACGAAACCCUGGCUGAUCACAAGAAAAAACUAAAUGAUGCCCAAGUUGAGAUAUCAAAUUUGAAAGGUAUAAUACAGAAUUCGCAAAGAGAGCUAGAAAUUCUAGAACAAAACGCAUUGUGUAACGAACUCGAGAUAGUUGGUAUACCGGAAAGUGGUGGCGAGGACUUGAUGAGCACGAUAAUCACGACAUCAAAUAAACUGGGAGUGGACCUGAAGGAGACAGACGUAUGCCAUGUGACACGAGUUGGUGCCAGACUUGCACAAACUUCCAGUUCGGUAAAAGAAAUAAAAGCGCGUCCCAUAUUAGUUAAAAUGGUCCGACGCGCCAAGAAAGAAGAAAUUAUAAAGGCUAGUAAAGCUCAUAAAAAACUUACAACAGAAGGAAUAAAGGACGGACUGCCCAAACCGGUGUACAUCAAUGAGCGUCUCACUCGAAAGAAUAAACAGUUAUUUCGAGAAGCCAGACUACGCUCGAGGAAGUACAACUUUCAAUUUUGCUGGGUUCGGAACGGCUUUAUAUAUAUCCGGCAGUGUGAAAAGAAGCCGGCAUUUCGUAUACAGUGCUUCGAAGAUGUUGAUGAAAAAAUUGGCCCUGCACUUGACUUACAUGUGUCCCUCUAA